UCCUGCCGCGGCCGCUGCCCCCCCGGCAGGGAUGGAGGCCAUCGAGGAGCUGGCGGUCCAGCCCUGCACCUCCUCCCUCUACCUGCGGCCUUUCCGCCUCUCUUACCGGCAGAAUGGCACUAAGAAGUUCUGGGAUUUUAUGAGGACACAUGACAGUGUGUCAAUCCUGAUCUUUAAUACUUCUCGGCAGUGCUUUGUUGUGGUGAAGCAGUUCCGCCCAGCUGUUUACAUGUGUGAAGUAGAAAGGCAUCAUCCUGAAGUCUUCCAGAAUCAGAACAAGGAGAGCUUCCCUUCCCUGGAGAAUCCCUUACCUGCUGUGGUUGGAGUGACCUAUGAGCUCUGUGCUGGCAUUGUGGACAAGCCAGGCCUUUCUUUAGAAGAAAUCGCUUGUGAGGAAAUCUUGGAAGAGUGUGGCUAUCGUGUUUCCACUGCAGACCUCAGGAGGAUCACUUCUUACAGGUCUGGAGUUGGUGUGACGGGUUCUAGGCAGACAUUGUUUUAUGCAGAAGUAAACGACCAGAUGAGAAGCAGUGGAGGAGGUGGCCAGCCUGAAGAAGGAGAGCUGAUUGAAGUUGUGGAAAUACCUUUAGGAGAAUCCAUGAAGUUUGCUUAUGAUGAGACUUUCCCGAAGACAAUGGGCGUCAUCUUCAGCUUCAUGUGGUUCCACAACAACAUAGCACCUAAACUACCCAAAAAGUAAAGCACCAUGAUUUUAAGGAAAGCAUUUCUGCUGGUGCUGUGCAUGCAGAAAGCUGAAAAUCUGCCUGCCUCAAUCAACUAAACUUCUCACAAGACAAAUAUUUCUUUAAAUAAAUUUGGAAGUAAAAUCCAAAUUAAAAUCUAAACAAAAUUUCUAUUAUUAGUAAAAUACUUACUGGCAUCGCUGGGGCCAGGAUUUGACUUGGAGAGGUAAAUGUGGAUUUUUGUGCAAAGGUUAUGUGUCCAGUUCUCCUUUUUCACAGCACUGUUUUGAAAGGCUGUCCAAGCUCUCAGGAGCUGCCUCAGGAGCUUCUCACCAUGUCUGUACAUACUGGUUAAUUGUAUUCAUUGUUGGUUUUGAUAUUUUUGAUGAAGAAAGCAGCAAACCUUAAUAGUCCCAGGUACCUUAACAAUGUUCCUGAGUUCAGCACAGCAUUCAGGGAGCAGCUUUCUCUGCAGUGUGUGGCUCCUGUGCAGAGGAGACGUUUGCAUUUCUGAACCUGCAAACCUUUAUUUCAUAAGCAAACAGGUCUGUAAAUCCUUCUGCUAACGUGUCACUGUGACAAUGGAGCAGCUGUAAGAUUAUGUGCUCCUGUUUGUUCCCAUCACAAUGCUGGGCAGCAGUGAUGGUGAUGGAGGGGUGAAGGAUGGGGGCUUCUGCUGGAACACAUGCUUCUUUGUUUGCUUUAUGGGCAAUAUUGAUAAAUUAGAUCAAACUUUGUCCUCUAGAGCAGGACCUGAGAGGCCAAAUUAUUUUAAUUUGACUAUGAGGUAACUAACACAAGUGAUUUCUCUGAGGUUUUCUGUCGUCUCAAUUUCCUUGUCACCCAAAUGGGAGGAAUGGGACUUACCCCUCAGAUAACACUUCUUGGAAUCUAAUGAUUGGAAGUGCUUUAUUGUGAUUUUAUCAUGAUUUGUGUAGUUUACAUGGAAGCCUGUGCAACCCACACAGAUGUACUGAGGAACACAAUUUGAUUUAAUAAAGUGGUCUAAUUAGAACAUA